UCGAUUUGUUACGUAUUUACAAUGUUAAUUCCGAACCAAGGCGCACAAAUAAUAAAAUUAGAUAGACUUUCCUGAUUUCUAUCUAAUUUCGCUAAUAAAUAUGCGCCAUCUAUUGAUUACUUAUUUUUUUAAAGGAAUAUCAAAUGAUGAGCUGAUCAGUUACUUCAAAUCACACAACAAAAUUAGAGAACAACAAAGUCAUUCUGCUAAAGUACAUAGCGUAGGAUGGAGUUGCGAUGGGAAACUGUUAGCUUCCGGAUCUUUUGAUAAAUCUGUUUGCAUUUUCUCCCUUUGUCCGGAUCGUUUAAAACAAGAAACAACUUUCAGAGGGCAUGGUGGUAGUGUGGAUCAAUUGUGCUGGCAUGCCUUUUACCCUGAAUUAUUAUCUACUGCGAGUGGAGACAAGACAGUUCGUAUAUGGGAUACGAGGACUCAAAAAUGCACAGCAAACAUCAGUACAAGGGGUGAAAAUAUUAAUAUAUCAUGGUCACCUGAUGGUAAUACAAUAGCAGUAGGAAAUAAAGAAGAUUUAGUGACUUUUAUUGAUGCACGGGUAAUGAAAAUUCGUGCGGAAGAACAAUUUAACUUUGAAGUGAAUGAAAUUUCAUGGAAUAAGGAUUCUGAUACGUUUUAUCUAACUAAUGGCCAAGGCUGUGUUCAUAUACUUAGCUAUCCAGAUUUAGAACUGUUACAUGUAAUCAAAGCACAUCCAGGGACAUGUAUUUGUAUAGAAUUUGAUCCUACUGGAAGAUAUUUUGCAACUGGUUCAGCAGAUGCAUUAGUUUCUUUAUGGGAUGCAGAUGAACUGUGUUGUUUAAGAACAUUUUCAAGAUUAGAAUGGCCAGUGAGAACCAUAUCAUUUUCUUAUGAUGGACAAUUAUUGGCUGCAGCAUCUGAGGAUCUUGUGAUAGAUAUAGGUGAAGUUGAAACUGGAGAGAAGAUUGCAGAUAUACCAGUAGAGGCAGCAACCUUUACAGUAGCAUGGCAUCCAAAACAAUAUUUGUUAGCAUAUGCAUGUGAUGACAAAGAUACUUAUGACAGAAAACGUGAUGCUGGCAGUUUGAAAGUAUUUGGAUUUGCCAAUGACUAAAACAAUAUUUUUAAACUUUUAUAUAAAAAUAUAUUAUUGUGUAAAAAAGAAUGAUUUAACUUGAUUUUCGUACCUGCCCUAACAAUUUUUUAAAUACAUACUUUUAAAUACUUCAGAUUAUCAUAAUUGUAUAUUGGUUCAAAAAAAGUUUAAUCUAUGAACAGUAAAAUGCUAUAACCACUUAGCAGUGGAAAGAUGGAACUAAUCUCUUUAU